GGGCGCUGGAGAUCACCAGCCAGCGCGUACUGGGCCCGUCUAUCAUGAGCGCGACAUCAUACCGCCAGAGGUAGUUAUAUUAGACCACCAGUGUGGGCGUUCAUCAUGGCUGUGCCAUCCGCCGAGAACUUCCAAGAUGGACACAUCAAGCCCACAAUCCGAUGACUUUCCCAGCAUCCUUAAGGGAAAGCGCAUUCUCCUCACCACGGAAUCCCUGGGCCCCGUCAACGGCGUCAGUCGCACCACCUCCAACCUCAUCGAAUACCUCCGUCGCAAUGGCGUCGACCUGGUCGUCGUUGCGCCCCAAUUCCAGCACCAACCAGCACCAUCUCCAUCUCCAUCAGAUAACGACAUCCGCCUUCCAGGCUACCCCCUCCCCUACAACCCCGACCUGACCCUGGUGUACCCCUUCCACCUGCAGAGCAUCUACAGCCCAACCCUCCCCCCGGACCUCAUCUACAUUGCCAGCCCAGCCUCGCUAGGCUUCCAAACGCUGCUCCAAACCCGCCAACUGCACAGCCCCCCACCCAUCCUACUGAACUACCAAACCGACCUCACCUCCUACAGCAGCGUCAUCUUCCCCGCGCCGCUCGCCCAUUUCGCAACCUGGCUGCUCUCCACCGUGGAAGGCUACCUUUUCCUGCACCCAUCCAUCCACAUAAUCUUCUACCCCUGCACCGCAGUCCUCACAUACCUGAAAACCACAACCACAAACCCCACGACGACCCUCCUCCCCAAAGCCCACCGUCUCGCCCGAGGCGUAAACACCACCCUCUUCCACCCUUCCCAUCGCUCCCCCUCCCUGCGCGCCCUCCUCUCCCCGAAGAAUGAAGGGUUCAUCCUCCUCACCGUCUGCCGCCUCGCGCCAGAAAAGGGCUUUGAAUUCCUCGCCUCUAUCGCCCAACGCCUCUUGGCCUCCAAAAUCCCCUUUAAACUCGUCAUCGUGGGCGGAAACCGCAACCCGGACGUGGAAACAUCCAUCCGCCGACUCUUUGACCCCGUGAAAGACCACGUCAUCUUCCUGGGCUUUCUGACGGGCGAGGACCUGGCGCGGGCGUAUGCCUCCGCGGACUUGUUCCUGCAUUGCUCGAUCACGGAGACGUUCGGGCUGGUGGUGCUCGAGGCGAUGGCGAGCGGGGUGCCUGUGAUUGCGCGCGACGCGGGCGGACCGUCAGAUAUUGUGCGCAAUCAGGAGACGGGGUAUUUGGUGCCGCCGGAUGAGGAGGGGGUGUUUGCGGCGUUGGUGGCGGAGGUGUGUAGGGAUGAGAGGUUGAGGGGGAGGUUGGCGGUUAGGGCGAGGGCGUAUGCGGAGGAGAUGACAUGGGAGAAUAUUCAUAGGCGGGUGGCGGGGAGGAUGGCGGAUGCGUUGGUGGAAAGGGAGGGGGAUUUGUCGAGUGAGACGGCGUUGUUGGAGGGGAAUGGGAGGGGGAGUGGGAGCGGGUGGUCGGUGCUGGAGAAGGUGAGGUUGGGGGUUGCGGUUGGGGUGGUUCAUUUGAUGUGGUUGGUCGCGGUGGUGCCGUUGAUUGUGCAUGGGGAGAGGAUAGUGUCUAGGAUCUUGAGGCGGAUUCCGUUGGUGGGGAAGUUGGUGUCGCGUGGGAGGUCGUAG